AUGGACGCCCAACUCCCCCCUGAAGCUCAAUACGGAUCUCUGCCGUUCGACGUCUUUGCCACUAAACAUUGGGAUCAUGAACUGCCCCAAGAUCAGGACGGCCAGCAGUGGGAGCGUCUAGUGCACCGAUACUGGAAUCUGACUCCUCCUGAGCGAUUUCCGUACCACGAUGCAGCCAAUACCAAUUCAAAAGACCUUUCGAAAGAAGAGAUUUCGAGGUGCUUGGUGCCCUUUCAGACGGCACAAGAGCGAAUCAUCUGUGCCAAUGCGCAUAACACUCGAUGGAUACCCGUUUUUGUACGGACUUAUUACCGUGAGGAUCUAAACGAGGCGUACGAAACGCUCAUUGAUCGCGAUGCAAUCGCAGAGUACGGAGAGCUUAAUGAUCGAACUCUGUACGAUGGAUGUAAUUGGUCUCAGAUCCUGCAGCGCAUCCCGCUUCUGGUGGACACACCGCAGAUGAGUGUGCUUGAAGACACUGCAGACUGGAACUACAGGCAUCAGCAAGACCCUCCCACUCAUGAGUUGCCACGUGAGUCCCUAGAAAAAGCCGAUAGAGGCGAUCAUACGCUUCUGUACGUUGCGGAUGAAGAGGCUUUGCUGGAGCGUCUUGUCAAGAUUAAGUGGCUGGGGCUUCACGGCCAGUGCAUCUGGGAGAACAAGAUUGUUCCAGGCGCUCUGCAAAGCUUUAGUGGAGCGCUGGCUGAUGGACAGAGCUUGCAGGAGCUCGUGGAGCGUUUCCUUGGACAGGGAGAAUCUCAGAAUGGCGGUAUUUUGUGUAGCAACUGA